CAGCCAGCCUCGGGGUCUGACGGGAUUGUGGCGGUCCUCUCUCCCAACUCGGAAGCUGCUGCUGCCUCCGGACGCUCACAAGAUGGCGACGUCUCUGGGCUCCAACACUUACAACAGACAGAACUGGGAGGAUGCGGACUUCCCCAUUCUGUGCCAGACGUGUCUUGGAGAAAACCCAUAUAUCCGAAUGACCAAAGAAAAGUAUGGGAAGGAGUGCAAAAUCUGUGCCAGGCCGUUCACAGUGUUUCGCUGGUGCCCUGGGGUCCGCAUGCGUUUCAAGAAGACUGAAGUGUGCCAGACCUGCAGUAAAUUGAAGAAUGUCUGUCAGACUUGCCUCUUGGACCUAGAGUAUGGCCUGCCCAUCCAGGUUCGUGAUGCAGGGUUGUCUUUUAAGGAUGACAUGCCAAAGUCAGAUGUCAACAAAGAGUACUACACACAGAAUAUGGAGAGGGAGAUUUCUAACUCUGAUGGAACACGGCCAGUUGGCAUGCUGGGGAAAGCCACAUCCACCAGUGACAUGCUGCUCAAACUGGCCCGGACGACACCCUACUACAAAAGGAAUCGACCCCACAUUUGCUCCUUCUGGGUGAAAGGAGAAUGUAAGAGAGGAGAGGAGUGUCCAUACAGACAUGAGAAGCCUACAGAUCCAGAUGACCCCCUUGCUGAUCAGAACAUUAAAGACCGAUAUUAUGGAAUCAAUGACCCUGUGGCAGAUAAGCUUCUAAAGCGGGCUUCAACAAUGCCUCGUCUGGACCCGCCAGAGGACAAGACUAUCACCACACUGUAUGUUGGUGGUCUGGGCGAUACCAUUACUGAGACAGAUCUAAGAAAUCAUUUCUACCAGUUUGGAGAGAUCCGGACAAUCACCGUUGUGCAGAGACAGCAAUGUGCUUUCAUCCAGUUUGCCACAAGGCAGGCUGCGGAAGUGGCUGCUGAGAAGUCCUUUAAUAAGUUGAUUGUCAAUGGCCGCAGACUCAACGUGAAAUGGGGAAGGUCCCAAGCAGCCAGAGGAAAGGAAAAAGAGAAGGAUGGAACCACAGACUCUGGAAUCAAGCUAGAGCCCGUUCCAGGACUGCCAGGAGCUCUUCCUCCUCCUCCUGCAGCAGAGGAAGAAGCCUCUGCCAACUACUUCAACCUGCCCCCAAGUGGUCCUCCAGCAGUGGUGAACAUUGCCCUGCCACCACCCCCUGGUAUCGCCCCACCCCCACCCCCAGGUUUUGGGCCACACAUGUUCCACCCAAUGGGACCACCCCCUCCUUUCAUGAGGGCUCCAGGACCAAUCCACUAUCCUUCUCAGGACCCUCAGAGGAUGGGAGCUCAUGCCGGGAAACACAGCAGUCCCUAGCACAUCAUCACCGCUCUAGGGCUCUACAGAAGAAAGGGCGCUUAAAAAUCCCAGUAAAUGAAUCUUGGAAUAAAUCUAUUUUUCCUUCCUUUGUAGUUUCCAUGGUAGCUGAAUGUGUUCAGAUGUGGGCAGUCAGAGAACGACAGCCAUGCCUUCCUACACAUAUUCAAAGGAUUGAUGGACCUCAAAUAAGCUGCCAUUAACGCAUCUGGUUACUACUAUAACAUUACUAAUAAAACUUAGUGCCUGUUCCCUUUACUUCUGUGGGGAACAAGCAGCUGGGUGAAUUGGAAUGUCUAGCGGAAUUACCAUCCCCAUUCUUUGUUCAUUUUGUAUCUUUUUUUGGGAAAAAAAAUUGACCUGCAGUGAAAAAACUUUUGACCAUUUUUAUGUCCAUUGGGUAUUUUCCUUUUUAUCAUCUAAAAAAAAGAUUAUUAGUACUAAUCAUCGUAGUGGCAUGAGUGUGAUAUAACGCUUCUGAAGUCACACCCUCAGAAAGACAAGUCGAAACCAGCACCCAGCACAGCCCAGAAUCUUUUCUUACCUCGCCUUUCCUCAUUUAUUACUAAAGGCAUCUGGCGAUAGUUGUACUUCUCUGUGCUACCAAAAAAGACAAAAAUUACAAUUACUUCUUAUUCCUUUCGGAUGGAAACAAAUGUCAUGGAGCUGUGUAUGGUUGAAGAAACCUGGUGUCUGGGAUGAAAUUAUCUUAAAGAACUUCCUGUAAAACACUUAAACUGUGAAACAAAAAGCAUCGGAGUGUGUUUGAAAGGAAGACUUGUGACCUGCUGCUGGAACUUGGAUCUUCAGCAUUCACCUUCAUGUGUCUUCAGCGUCUCGUUCAAUUCCCUGCUUCUGGGCAGGGGGCUGUGUUUGGUCUUAGAAUGUUUGGAUAUAACUGAAUUGUAGAUGGUAAAAAUAAUUUGAUGUUGUGUUGUUUUUUGUUUUUAAAAAAUUAAAACGGGUCAAUUUUCAAAAUGUUGUUAUAGGCUUAUUCCUAGAUUUCUGUUUUCUGUAUCCUUUGGUAGCUGAACUUGAGAUCAGUGGAAGUCAGAAACAAGUUGUGUAUAGAUGUAAAUUUUUGCUUUAGACUGUUUUGAUUUUUCUCUGUGUAUCCAUUCUAUGGGGGUAAAAAGGC